AAAUAAGGCAAGAUGCAGAAAAUAGAGACCCACCAGCUGCAGUGGUAUAUCCUGCUAUAGAGGCUAGACAUGAGUUGUUAGCAGAGAGAUUUCGAAAACAACACCCACCUGAGUUUCAGGGAGGCAUAGACCCGGUAGUGGCUGAGGAGUGGAUAAGUCGCAUAGAAAGCAUUUUGCAGAUGCUAAGGGUGGAUGGGAAUGACCGAGUGAAGUGUGCAUCUUACAUGCUGAGGAAAGAUGCUCGUAUCUGGUGGGAGGUGGUGGAACAAACAAAGGAUGUAGAUACCAUGAACUGGGACGAUUUCAAAAGGGUCUUUAAUGAGAAGUAUUAUAACUCAGCAGUUCUAGCAGCAAAGGUCGAUGAAUUUACUGGGUUAGUCCAAGGGAGUCUUACUGUGACUGAGUAUGCACAAAAAAUUUGAUAGAUUGGCGAAAUUUGCUCCAGAUCUGGUACCUACUGAUAGAGUGCGAGCACAUCGAUUUGUGGAAGGCUUGAAACCAAUGGUUGCUCGAGAUGCGGAAAUUGUGUCAAGGGGUCAAUUCAGCUAUGCUCAAGUUGUCGAAAUGGCUCUUACGGCUGAGCGGAGUGAAAACAAAAUUUGGAAGGAAAAUGCUGCCAGGAGAGAAUCGAAGAAAGGUGGAGCCAAUUCUAAUGACCACAAGAAACGAGGACAGGACCAGUCCGGGCAGCCAAGUCAAGACAAGAGGUACAAAAGUGAUAACGACCAACGAUUUAAUGGCAGCAGUGGGCGAAACAUUCCAGAAUGCCCUAAAUGUACCAAACGUCAUCUCGACGAGUGUCGCGCAAAAGCAUGAUACAAAUGUGGAAAAGAAGGACACAUCAAACGCAAUUGCCCACUGUGGGGACAGACUGGGAACAGAGCAGAACCCAAGAAAGAUGACAAGUAUGUUCCAGCCAGAGUUUUUGCCAUCACUCAAGCAGAAGCUGAGGCCAGUCCUUCGGUUGUAUCAGGAUCUUGUUCUCAACAAGGAAAUUCGUUGAGGUGCUCGAGGUAGCAAGUGUGGUCUUAGCAACUGAGGUAAGAAGAGUGGACAUCUGUACACAGGGUGUAUGUUAUGCAUACAACUUGGGUUGGUUUGUUAUUUAAUUUGAUAGUGUUGUGAUUUCCUUAUAUUUUGUGAGCAUCAUUAGCACGAGAAUAAUAUUAGGGUCUUGCUGCUUGUGUGAGCAUAACACUUGCAGGUUAUAACAUUAUCAUGGGUGAGUACAACUUAUGGUAAUUAAUUGCCCUGUUGGAUGCCAAGUGUUAGAAUAACACAAGGCAGGGUAGGUUACCUCAUGUCUGAUCAACAUGAGAGAAUAGUUGAUUAUCGUAUGUGAGUAUAAUGUGCGGUAUGAGACUUGAUGUGUGCAUGUGAGAACAACAUGCGUUGUGGAUAUAUUUAUGGAAUGUGAAUUACUGUUGAUUAAUAUUAAAGAGCAAAUUAUGUCAAGUAACUAGUUAGGAGGGUUAUGUCCUACAUAGCUCUUCUUACUGGGUGUUAGC